CUCCAGAAGUCAUGUACACCCUCAUCCUCCACUCCUGGUUACUACUUGUCACAUGGUUAGCUCUCGCAAAUUAUUCGGAAGCGGCUAUGUCUAUGCAGGCAUUUAAACAAGCCAAAACCAUGAUGGAGGGUGUAUGCCAGCCUAGAACCGGCGUUGACAAAGCGUUUCUCGCUCAACUGAAGAAAGGAGAAUUCCCUGAAACUGACGAUCGUAAACUAAAGUGUUACUUUGAAUGUCUCUUGCGGAUGGGCAAUGCGAUGCAAGGUACCAAGGUGUCUGGAGACGCGUUACGCCGCAUAGCCAGAACCAUGGUGCCUAAACAACUCAAGAGUGUGGUGAUGCCUGCUAUAGAGACCUGCCAAAACAUCGACGAAGGAGAUGCUUGUGAAUCAGCUUUUACGUUUGUCCGUUGUCACCACAAGGCUAGCGGACCUGAGGGAUUUAUGUUUUCAUAGGACCUCGAACACCCGCUUUCUUCAGCUUUAAACACUUGAGUAGAGCCAACAGAUGUUAUUUUGUACUAUAUCUAUUGCACAAAAAUAAAUUCUUAGUUCCUUUA